AGCAGGAGUGUUGAACGCUCGGCUUCGCAGUCGGCGAUCUUUCGUAUUCUUCGUUUAUUUUCUUUUCUAUUCGUUUAAUUUGUAACUCCAGUCCUCAAGCCACUUCAUAAAUGAAACGUUCCCUAUUCACCGAGUGAGUUUCGCAGUGUUUACCGGCAAUUUUAUUUUGACAGUGUCACGUGCGAGAAUCGUAUUAUUACCGGUUCCGGAGUUUUUAAGUGUUUAUAACGCAACAAGGCCUUUACUUGACGCAGGUAGAGCCGGCGGAUCGUCAGAAGGUGAGAUAGUGUCGAGUUUGUUGAUGUUUUGAAGAAUCAAAACUGACAAUAACUUCAUUAGGACGGAAAGUUCAUUCAAGAAAAAUUGAUACUUUCUCGUUCCAAUAGGAUUUUGCAAACUGGAAUAGUGUACGUUGUUAAGUGAAGUUUAAAGGUGUCUGUAACUUAUAACAUAACCUUAUUUUCAAACAAGGCGCGUGUUUUACGGACAUGCGCAGUCCGAUUCACCGAAAUUAUUUAUAAGUGUCUUGUAAUUUUAUAAACAAAGCUCGUGUCGCGUGGUUUUUGUGCCGGUCUGGAGUGCGCCACUAACGAGAAGUGCACGAUUGUCAUCUGAAUCUUCACACGACGUCCAUUGUCACCUAAUAAGAUAUUCGGAUUUUAAAUCGAGAAUAUCCGUUCACCUGUGGGAUUGUGUUUUACCUGCGCGCGCACGGGACUUCUUUAAAAGGUGUGCGCAGCUAUGAUGUCCUGUCCCUUGCCCCUGCCGCUGCUGCCGGCUUUGCAUCCACAACCAACGCUUACCUCGGACUUCCCUAUUCAUAUCGGCAUAAAGAGGGGCUCCGACGAGCUUCUUUCGCAGAGUGGCGUCACCGUCAUGGCGCCCGCCGCUCCACACCAUGCGGAUAACAACAAUCAAGAUUCGGCCGCCAAAAAGGUGAAACUGGAGCAGAACGUGGGCAAGCCGUCGCGCGUCAUCCAUAUCCGGAACAUACCAAACGAGACCACGGAGGCGGAAAUCAUACAGCUGGGCCUGCCCUUCGGCCGUGUAACCAACGUACUGGUCCUUAAAGGCAAAAAUCAGGCAUUCCUCGAGAUGGCGGAGGAGAUAUCGGCUGUAGCGAUGGUGGCUUACUUCGGCGGGUGUGUGGCGCAGCUCCGCGGGCGCGCCGUCUACGUCCAGUUCUCCAACCACAAAGAACUUAAGACCGACCAGACGCAUAGCAACGCUCAGUCGGCAUCCGCUCAAGCGGCGCUGCAGGCGGCGCAAGUGAUCUCCAAUAGCGCGGGUGCGGCGCUCGUAGCCGGCGCAGGCGCCGCGCUGCAGCCCGCCAACGGUGGCACAGAAAUACAGGGCGGGCCGAACACGGUGUUGCGCGUGAUAAUAGAGCACAUGCUGUACCCGAUCGUGCUCGACGUGCUAUAUUCCAUCUUCCAGCGAUACGGAAAAGUGCUCAAAAUUGUCACAUUUACCAAAAACAAUUCGUUCCAAGCGCUCAUCCAAUAUCCCGACACAGUGUCGGCGCAGACGGCGAAGACGGCGCUGGACGGGCAGAACAUCUACAACGGCUGCUGCACACUCCGCAUCGACUACUCAAAGAUGACUUGUCUCAAUGUAAAAUACAACAACGACAAGUCUCGGGAUUACACCAACCCCACGCUGCCGUCUGGCGACGGUGACGCGCACCAGUUGUUGACCAGUGAGUUGACGCCACAGCGGGCCCGCCUCGCACUGGCCCUCGCAUCCAGGAUGAGUGGUGGUGUUUUAGCCCCGCCGUUUUUGGGUUUGGGAUCCGGUUUGGCGUCGCCGUACGGUGUGGGCGUGGGUGGAGUAGGCCUGCCGGCAUUCGGAGCGCUCACUUUGACCCCGGCAUCGCCUGCCCUGCGCGCUCUCGCCGCCCCGCCGAUGCCCCUAGCCACCGUUCUACUCGUCUCUAACCUCAACGAAGAGAUGGUCACGCCUGACGCUCUCUUUACCCUUUUCGGCGUAUACGGCGAUGUGCAGCGAGUGAAGAUCCUCUACAACAAAAAAGAUUCAGCUCUAAUUCAAAUGGCGGAACCGCAUCAAGCUCAUUUGGCGAUGACGCACAUGGACAAGCUACGCGUGUUCGGCAAGGCGAUGCGCGUCAUGCUCAGCAAGCACCAGACAGUGCAACUGCCCAAGGAAGGUCAGCCAGACGCCGGCCUCACCAGAGACUACUCGCAGAGCCCACUGCAUAGAUUCAAGAAGCCGGGAAGCAAAAACUACCAGAACAUCUACCCGCCGAGCGCCACCCUGCACCUCUCCAACAUUCCAGCGACCGUCUCCGAGGAGGAUAUUAAGGAGGCGUUCACCAAACGCGGCUUCACGAUCAAAGCGUUCAAGUUCUUCCCUAAGGACCGCAAGAUGGCGCUGGUGCAGCUGAUGUCGAUCGACGACGCGGUGGCGGCGCUCAUCAAGAUGCACAACUACCAGCUCUCCGAGUCCAACCAUCUCCGGGUCUCCUUCUCCAAAUCCAGUAUCUAAAUUACAUUUGCCGCCAACAUCGGAAUAUCACACAACUUUCCUCGGUCAUUGUCAACGAUUUAUAAACCGUUAGUGAUUCGAUUCAUAUUUUAUUGAGUCGACCAGAUUUUUGGCUCAAAUAAAAUGUUAUAUUUAUUCGUAAUCGAUUGUUUCGUUUAGGUCGUUGACAGCGGCCGGUGUUGCCAGUCGCGUCCCUCUGUUGACAGUUGUGUCGCGAUUAUAAAAUCGAUUUCCUUAGCUGUAUUGAUAUUGAACGCGUGUCGAGUGACGCAGCGACUGUCGAUUACUAUAAUGUACCUCUCACUCAAAUCGAGAAUAAUGCUCGACUGAAAUUUUUAAAUAUAAUCUAUAUUACGCUUACUCGGAACAGUCUAGAAGUUAAGUGCUACUAUUUCCUUAGUGUAAAUGUACAACUUACUGUAACUGUACAUGUUAUUUAAGGGACAUUUCACUUCACAAUGCGAUCCAAGGACCUGGAUAGGUUUCGUUAUCAUGGAUUGUCACUCAUGCUGAGAGGAUUUCUAUUUUGUGUGAUAUUCAUAACUUAUGUUGUUUCCAUAAAUGUAUCGGAUGUUUCCGUUGAUUUUACAUUAUUAGUGUCUGUCGAUGAACUUGGAUUGUUUGCAAUUAGAUUGCGCUAGAAUUAUUUACAUUUGGCAUUAUCCAGUGCUAUGCAAUGUGAGACAUUGUCGGUUUACGGUUAUUAUUUCAGGCUAUUGUGCCGUCUGAAUAUUUUAACAUAUUUAUCACUAGUUAAAAACAUAUUUACUUUGUCACAUAUAAUUUGCAG